AUGAAGAUCAAUCAAGCUACCCUCUUCGAACUCAUCCUGAUUGCUAGGGGUGCUUAUACUCACCUAUUACCAUUCGCUUCAACGAUCAGCCGGAGCUUACGGACACGACAGAGAUUAUCCCGACAGAGUAGUUCAGAUUUCGAAAUUAUGGCUUUGGCAAAUACAGAAAUGGAGUUAUCGGGAAUGUACAUUUUUGGUGAUGUUUAUGGUAUCAAGACCACCUACAACGAUGAAACUCAGGCCAAUCAUGGUGUUAUGGUUACAAUCCGUGUUGACAUGAGUGUAUGCAUGAGCUCUCCAAUAAAUUGGAAGAUAAACGCAUCAACGCAUAUUAACUGGUUGAGGAAAAGAAAAAGAAAGAAAAGUGGUUGGAGACGGAGCGCAAUCCAAGAGCUCUUCCAGAAAACAAGGACAACAAGUCUCAGAAGAAAGUUCAGGAAAGAAGCACUAAGCCAAGGACUAAGAAAGUUCAAGAAGAGACAAAGAAAUCCACCAAGAAACCAGCUGCUAAAGAAGUUUACAAGAUUGUGGCAAGCCACUUAUUACAUCAAGAAGAGGGAGGAAGAAGAAAAACUAAGAAGAGACAAGAACACGAACAUCAAACAUAAACAAAGACAAGAAGGAGCUUCAAGGCGGCUGGUAAGGGAAGGAGAAGAAGCGAUGCAGGAGCGAUGGAGAGGAAGAUGA